UCGUGGUAGUGGUUUGUGUUAAGAAAUUUUAUAAUACUGUGAAUCAGCGAAUCUAAUACAAAGUUGAAUUAUGCCGAAACGUCAGUGUAAAUAUUCGGAUGACAUGCUGAAGGAAUUUCCUUCCGUGAAAAAAGGAAAAAUAAGCACUGAAGUGUUUUGUAACGUAUGUAGUUCUUCGCUUUCCAUCGCUCACAAAGGAAAGAAAGAUAUUGAAGACCAUUUGAAAACUGAGAAACACAAGAAGAAUUUGCGCAGUCAGGCAGGUGCAUCAGGCCUGCAAAAGUUUGUCACAACCGCAAGUAAUAGCUCGCGCAUCAAGGCUGCUAAAGCCACACUUGCUUUUCAUACGGUACGACAUCAUCAAUCAUACAACUCCAUGGGCUGCACAACCAAAGUGAAUAAGAAAAUCUACCAUGACUCAACAGUAGGCCAGUCGCUAACAUGUGGACGUACGAAAGUUGAAGCAAUAAUCAACGGAGUUCUGGGACCGUAUUCUUCACAAGAGAUUAAAAAGCAGAUUGAACACAUUCCUUAUGUAGGGGUAUCUACCGACGCAAGUAAUCACAAUUCGAUUAAGAUGUUUCCUGUACUGCUGCAGUAUUUUGAUUACAAAAAAGGAGGUUUGCACGUAAAACUUGCUGACAUCCAAAGCACAGAAAACGAAACAUCAGAGACCGUGUCCGAUUUAUUAGUGUCAGUUCUUGCUAUGUAUGAUGUCACCCAAAAAUGUAUAUCAUUCUCAGGACGCCUAUUCUCAUCGCAGGAAUGUGAUUGUUCGUAGGAGAAUAUCCGCCAUCUUUCUAUCAAUAUUUGCGCGGCCGUAUUCUCAUCAUCGAUUUCAUGCUAUCGUUCGCAUGAAAAUCCGACAUUUUUUCUCGUUUAAGUUACAUCAAUAGAAUUGUAUGUUUUGAGAGAAUCGCAUGCGCAGUGGUAACUGGAAUGAUAGGAUUGCAACACACACCACGAAAUGUAACUACAGCUACACUAAAUGUUUAGUUACAAAUUAAACGUAAAUAAAGGGGUAGUUUGUUUAUUACUAUUAU